GUGUAGUCAGGGCACGCACGCUUCGGUGCGGAGGCUUGACGCGUUGCGCUGGGCCAGGAUAUCUUAGUGGCAUUUAUCUUCUCGUCUGAAACAUUUCUCAUCCUUCAUCUUUAAAUUACAGUAACAAUUCGGUAUGGAGCUAGAAGAGAAAAGUCCCAAGCCUAAAUAUGGUGACUCACGGAAAUUUGACCCUGAUUUUAAAGGCCCCAUUCAUAACAGGGGUUGUACAGAUAUCCUCUGUUGCCUCAUCUUCUUCCUGGCACUGCUGGGCUACUUUGCAGUGGGAAUUCUGGCAUGGACUCAGGGUGACCCACGGAAACUGAUUUACCCCACAGACAGUACGGGGCAGUUCUGUGGACAGAUAGGCACUCCACUGGAGAAGAAACCUUUCCUGUUUUACUUCAACAUCAUGAAGUGUGCCAGUCCACUGGUACUGCUGGAAUUCCAGUGCCCCACCACCCAGAUCUGUGUGGAGAGUUGUCCAAAUCAGUUCCUGACGCUAGUGAAGGCCAAGCUCAGCACAGAGGCCACACGGUACUACUUCCAGUUCUGCAAGGAGGGAGCAAACCUUAAUCUGUCAGUCCCUGAAAUCCUGAAGAAUCGAAUGUGUCCAGCUAUGGUCAUUCCCAGCAAGCCUUUUACGCGUCGGUGCCUCCCAGCCCUGGAGACAAAGGGGGGUGUUGUCGUAAUCGGCAAUAAAACAACCUUUGUAUAUGGAGACAUCAACUUAAACGCCACAGAUCUCCUGGAGGCAUCAAAAAAUUCCAACUUGGUUGUUGAGGCUCGUCAGGUGGCCAUGAAAAUCUUUGAGGAUUACACAGAGUCCUGGCCUUGGAUUCUGCUUGGGUUGGUGAUCGCGAUGCUUGUGAGCCUGUUCUUCAUCAUUCUCUUGCGUCUGUUGGCUGGGGUCAUGGUUUGGGUCAUAAUCACCAUGGUCAUCGCUGUUAUCGGCUAUGGGAUUUUACACUGCUACAUGCAGUAUGACAGUCUCAAGGGACAGCCUGGUGCUAACAUCACAAUCAAGGACCUGGGCCUGCAAACGGACUUCUCAGUAUAUCUACACCUUCAGCAGACCUGGCUGGCUUUCAUGAUCAUCCUGUGCAUCGUGGAGGUAGUUGUCAUCAUUACCCUCAUCUUCCUCAGGAAAAGACUCAUCAUCAGCAUCGCUCUGCUUAAAGAAGCCAGCAGGGCGAUCAGUCACAUGAUGUCAUCGCUGUUCUACCCGGUGCUGACCUUUGCCCUCCUGUGUCUAGUGAUUGCAUACUGGGCCAUCACUGCAGUCUUUCUGUCCACCUCCAAUGAGCCUGUCUACAAGGUUUUCAACACCAGCGAGUGUGAAUACUCUAGAGACACCUGUGAUCCUAAGACAUUCAACGGCAGUAAUAUCUCUGCCCGGUGUCCGGACGCAGAGUGCCUGUUUGCUUUCUAUGGUGGUGAGACAUACUACCACAAGUACCUGAUUCUUGUCCAAUUCUACAACCUAUUCCUGUUUUUCUGGUGUGCCAACUUUGUAAUGGCACUGGGCCAAGUCACCCUGGCAGGGGCUUUUGCCUCCUACUACUGGGCCUUCACCAAACCAGAUGACAUCCCAGCAAGCCCCAUCUGUUACUCGCUCAGCCGAGCUCUAAGGUAUCACACAGGCUCCUUGGCCUUUGGCUCCCUUAUCCUUUCUAUCGUGCAGGUUGUCCGGGUGAUUCUGGAGUAUCUGGAAGAUCACCUGAAAGAUGCUGAAAAUGGAUUUGCCAAGUUUCUCCUGAGUUGCAUGAAGUGCUGCUUCUGGUGUCUGGAGAAAUGUAUCAAGUUCCUUAACAGAAAUGCCUACAUCAUGAUCGCUAUUUAUGGUAAAAAUUUCUGCACGUCUGCUCGUGACGCCUUCUUCCUCUUGAUGAGAAAUGUUGUUCGAGUGGUGGUCUUGGACAGUGUGACUGACUUCCUGUUGUUUUUGGGCAAGCUUCUCAUUGUUGGGAUAGUUGGUAAGGUCCGCGUGAUAUCAUUGGUCAGGGCUGGUGGUUUGACUGGGGCUGUGCAGACACACAUCCUCCAUUCAGUGUUCAGCAUCCACACACAGGUUAAGCAAAAUCCCACAGUAAAAAGGCCAUCCACACUGACAAUGCCUCAGGCUGGAUCUUGUAAAGCAUCUCGACAAGUCUCAGGAAUCUGCUCCUUCUUCUUCUUCACACAGAGGAUAAAGCCCAUGGAGGAAGCGGCACCUUCGCUCAACUACUACUGGGUUCCCAUUCUAACGGUGGUGCUUGGCUCAUACCUCAUCGCCCAUGGCUUUUUCAGUGUCUACGCCAUGUGUGUGGACACACUCUUCCUCUGCUUCUGCGAGGACUUAGAAAGGAAUGAUGGUUCGUCAGACAGGCCCUAUCUCAUGUCUCCGGAGCUGCAUGAGAUUCUGGCUAUGAGCAAGCCAGCAGAUGACACGGAUCACAUACCUGCGCCAGGAACGAGGGAGGAAGUCCCACUGCAGGAGAAUGGGGAGGUUCAGCUGAAGCAGCAGGACCUUCUUAAACAGGACAACGAGGAAGAGAUGCCGCUAACCCAGGAGGCUCAGCAGGAGGAGCCAGAAGCCCCCAGUUCCCAGGAGGUGGGAAAGCAGUUGGAGGUGUUGGAGGAAGAAGAGGAGAAAACCCAUGAUGAAGAAGCACCAGCACCGCCAUAUGAGACGCUCCGAGACACAGUGCAAAACGGCCCUCAUGACAGUGACAUUAAAGAGACAGAAGAACCUGCUCACCAGCAGGAGGUGCAGCCACAGGUGGAGCUCCAGCAGGUGGGAGUAGAGCCAGAGCAAGCUGAGCCCCAGGAAAACGGCCCUCGGGAGAAUGAAGCCCCACUCACUCCCAGCAGUAUGGAAGAUCUGGAGCGCAACGACGGAUCAGCAGCGAGACCUCACCUAAUGUCCCAGACCCUCCUCAACACCCUCAGCAAACCCAGUGAGAAGAGCAGGACAGCAUGGAGUGCCCAAUAAAGGACGAAAGACUGAAAUACGGGGAGAACGGGAGGCGCCUGUAUGAGCAUUCAGAUGGACCACAGUCAAGUUAUCAGGCCACAGUACACGUUUACCUAAACACGUAAAUUGCUUAAACGUGCGUAUUACUAGUCCUCCAUAGUCUGUCACAAGGUACAAAUAGUCCACCGGCUGAAAAGUUACAUGGACUUGGGAUAUAUGCGUUUAUAACCUGACUGCUGCUUGUCAAAGCUCUUCAGAAAGAAAGCAGCUAAGAACAAAAUUCUAAAAUGCAGGCAAACGUCUAACAAGUCAAGCCAUCGAGUCUAUCUCAAAAGAAUAUAAUUGAUUUUUUUUUCAAUAAAUAUUAAUCCCGAUUUAA